CGAACCGGGAAUAACCGGUUGGUUAAACUAAACCGGAGCUCUUCAACUAACUCCAUUCUCUCACAGUCCACAAGCGAACAUCAUCACACAACAACAAUGAACAUGACUUCGUGUUCUUCUUCUUCUUCUUCUGCUUCUUCUCUCCCACGACUCUGCGCCACCAAAUCCCAAACCUACAAGUCUCCUCUUUUAUCAUUCUCCACUCCGAAACGCCGUCGUUCUCGUCCUCGCCGGAACCGUAAAUUCAAUGGCUCAUCUUACGACAACAGCGACGGCAAUCUUCUCACACUCACCACCUCGUCUCCCGCCGGAAACGAAGACCAAAGCCUCAGCUUAACCCUAGACGUUAACCGGAUUUCAAAACUAGCUAAUUCCCGAUUCCAAUUGUUUCUCGAUUCAAGCAAAGACGCGUUCUCCGACUUGCAAACACUAAUCGCGCUCGACGAUAACCGGAGAGUCGUCGUUUCCUGCAAGAAAUCAACUAUGCAGUUCGUCGGCGGUGUGGUUGUGCUUGGACUCGUGUUCGGUUUUGCAAUUAGGGUUCUUGUGAAAUUAGGAUCAGUCUUAAAGGGUAAUUUCCAAAGUAACCCCAAAUUAGUUGUUAGGAGAGAUAGGAGUCUGGGUGGGAAAGAAGUGGUUGUCUCUGUUGAUAGCAUUCGUUCAUCUUCAAGACCUUCGAAUAGCUCAAUAGCAUCUGAUCAAGUUUCUCCAAGUAACUCUAUGCCUAGAAGAAAUCAUCAGCUUAAAUCUCAGAAUAAUUUGCCGAAAUGGUGGCCUGCUUCAUUGCCUAGUAGCCAUAACUUGGAUUUGGUGGACAAAGAAGAGUAUCAAAGAGAAGCCAACAGAAUCGUUCGAGGAAUCGAGGAUAACAGAACCAGCGGAAGGGACAUCACAGAUAAUGAUAUUAUUCAACUGCGUAGAGUAUGUAGAAUUUCUGGAGUACAAAUCUCUUUUGAGCCAACAAAUACGCGAGAUUCCUUUUACCGAACAUCUAUUGAUUUUGUCCUGAAUGCUUGCAGCAGAGCUCCUUGGGAGUCUUCUUCUGUUGAGAUUUGUAGUGAAGAUGCUCGAGAGUUCAUUGCUGGGCUCGCUGAAAACAUCGGACUUGCAAAGAUAGAUGCUGCUAGAAUGGUUUCUGCAGCGGUUGCUGCCCGCACACGUUCGUGGUUUCUACAAGCUUGGGUCACUUUCUACCCUUUUUCUAGUGCUUUGGAGAUACAAGGUAAACAUUCUGAAUCGGCGGCUGAACUAUCAAAAAUAUGCCUCAUUCAUCGCAUAUUUCCACCCAACGAGUACUCUGCUGAAAUGGAAAUGGUUGCAAGAGGCUUAGAGAAACUCAUGAAGCUUGAAGAGCGACAGUCUCUACUGAAAACGUUUGUUGGAAUGUGUUGCAGUGAAGACAGUCAAAGAAGUGCAGCUGAGGCUCUGGGUUUGGUGCACUGGUAAUAGACAAGCAUUGAUUUGACGCCAUUUUUUCAACUUCUAGUGACAGACAAGAAUUUCAAACUCUCUGUCAUACUAAACUUAACAGAAAUAUUUUUUAAGUAAUUGAAUAGUUCACAAAAUAUUCUUAGUCUAGUGUCUGAGUGACUCCUUUAUACUAUAAAAUCAUAAAUGAAAAUAUAGUUUGUUAUAAAUUGAUGUA